AAGCUUAACCCUAUAGGAAUGAUAGAGGCGCUCAUAAAUUUUGCUUGGAAUUUCGCAUCUUUUAUUUUCUUCGAGCAGGUGCUGUCUUGAGAAAUUUAGAAACCUAUCACUGUGUUUGUUUUAGACUCUCUUAUUGUCCCUGUAAAAAUCUUCUUGGCGUUGUCACCUGGACAAUCAGCAAAAUCUCCUGGAAUGAUAGACUGUUAAAUCAAGAUUUGAAAAGCUUUUGCUGUCUGAGUCUUAGGCUUUUUUUGGUAAUUUCACUGAAGAUGGGAAAUAAGGAUGAGCAGCAAUCCGUGCUGUCUGCACUAAUGCCAAUACUCCUGGCUGCCGUCGCAGUUCCACUGUCUAUGUUCUUAUGGAUCGGAAAUAUGGCUCUCUCAUUUUUCACUGGAAGCCACGAAAUGCACAGAGAAGGUGGCUCUGUAAUUCCGCCUACUCGGUGGCUCAUGUCCAUGGUCAUUCCUUUGGCUUUCGUGGCCUGGGGUUUGAAAAAAAGGAGUUUGAACACUUCAGGAGCUGUGCUAGGUCUCAUUGUAGGCUUUGUCCUUACCCUCAGCAGCUACUCAUUUCUAGCUUGUCUGAUGACCUUUUUUGUCACCUCCUCCAAAGCUACUAAAUAUAGGAGCGAUAAAAAAAGGAAAAUUGAAAAAGAGUUUAAAGAAGGUGGCCAGCGCAAUUGGAUCCAGGUGUUGUGCAACGGAGGCAUGGCCACUGAACUUGCGCUCCUCUACCUGAUCGACUCUGGCUGCGGAGAGCGAACAGUAGACUUCUCCAGAGACUACAGGGCCUCUUGGCUGAGUAUGGGUGUCCUUGGAGCGUUCGCCUGCUGCAAUGGUGACACCUGGGCCUCAGAACUUGGUUCAGUAAUAGGCAACACCAACCCCUUCCUCAUCACCACCAGAGAGAAAGUACCAAGAGGUACAAACGGCGGCGUGACUGUUGGAGGCUUGCUUUUUAGCUUUUUUGGUGGAUUGAUGGUUGGAGUAGCGUAUUACAUUUCGGUUGUGCAGCUUGUGGACUCGAGCUCGCUCCUCUCGAGUCCGCCCCAAUGGCCUCUAAUCAUUGCUGGAGGAUUAGCCGGCUUGGUCGGAAGCGUUGUUGACUCUCUUUUGGGCGCAACCCUCCAAUACUCAGGCGUCGAAGAAAAGACUGGCUGCAUUGUUGAACGCCCGGGCCGUGGUGUGAAGCACAUCAGCGGCGUGCCAAUUCUAGACAACCACAGUGUCAAUUUAAUCUCCAGCAUCAUCAUGGGUCUUUUGACUCCUUGGCUUGCGAAUAUUUUGUGGGUGUAAAGCGUUGUAUGUACACACCUCUGUGCAUGUUCUGUAGCAACCAUGCUCGUUUUUGUGCCAAAGUACAAACGAAAGUUUUAAAAACCGAAAUCACUAUUGCAGAACAAAGAUUCUCUUGAGAAAAUUUGAGAUUUACAUGCAGCUUCUAAGAAACAAUUUUGGAAAAACAAGUGCUUAUUUUUUACCUUAUUUAAGAUAAGUUUUGCACAUAUUCUAGUUUUCUACAAUGUAAUUUUGUAUCUUGGUCCUUUGGCAGAUAGUGAAAACUACAUUUGAGGCUUAUGGCAACAUUCCUUUGUGAUUUAAAACAUCCUUCUUUGGGAUUAUCUACUGGGUAUCGCAAAUGAGCUAGUUUAAUUAACAUUCGUUCAAAACUUGUGUAAAGAAUUGUUACCUUUCUUGGUAGCGUUUUUUUAAAUAAUUGUUGUAUUACAUUCAUCUGCAUUAUGAUUAUGUUUGUCAGCACAAAAAUAAAAAGGUGGAUUCCAAAGUUUAAA